CCUUAAAAAAACUUGUACCUUUGAGGGAACAUUUACAUUGUUUGUACCUUGAUGAACGAAAAAUGUACCUGCACAGAACCUUUAUUUCUAACAGUGUGGAUAAGAUUGGACACCCCUGCUAUAAAGCUACUUCUCCACUACUGGUGAAGGGCAUGCUAGUGACCCUCAUACUUGAGGUCAGGGCGCAAACAGUGCACUGAUACUGCAUUUUUGUCCUCCUUUUAGUGACCAAGAUAAUUUUUAUGGUGCUUUCACAACCCUCUCAUUAUUAGCAUAAAACAAUCCAUGACUUUGAUUUAACGAAAGAGAAACUGACCUCUGGUUGAAUGUCCUGCGGUUAAAGAGAAGCUAUAUGACCCUCUGCCCUCAAAAUAUGACAUUUCACUCUUAGUAUUGCUAGACAGCUCCACCUGGAAAUACGAGAUAGUAGUGCUGUGACAACCAGCCUCAUGUUCUCCUAAAUGUGUACUUCAUACCUUUAUCUGUACUCUCUCUCCUUUUUUAUUUUUUAAUACAUCAAAACUUUCAAACAUUGUUGAUCUAGGUUGCCAUAAACUUUAAUAUUAUUGGAAGUUUAUUUGACGAGUGAUUUGCAUAAUAUCAGGUUUUAACAGUUCAUUUAGCCCACCUGAGUGCAGUGGUAAGUACAGGAAUUUGGAUGUUUGUGUGGAUAAAAUUGCAUUUUAAUGUAAAAAAUACUCUACUACUUCAAAAGCUUUUAAAGCCCCAGGGAACUUAAGUCUGUUUUCUUUAAGUAGGUUAGUAUUGCUCUUGUGGGUGCAUUAUAUACAUGCAAGUAUGUUCUUUCCAAUGUCUACUAAAUGGCUGAUGUAUUUCAACACAAUUCUAAAACCAGGCAGCCCUGAUCUUCCAGUCACACGUACAUAAGCAGUAUUCCUAGCAAUCACAAAGCUGAUAUGUUGUCCUGUUUGCAAAGCUUUUUCAAAACUGUUCUCCUACAGUCUUUUUGUGUUUGAGCCAGAAAAACUUGCAGUGUGAAAGCUAACAACCAAGUGAAAGCUAAAGUAGCAUCCUAGAUCAUCUGCCUGUUGCCUCUCCAUCUGGUUGUUUGUUCAGCUGGCCAUGGCAGCGCUCCCUGGAAUCACUUCCAGAAAAAUGAACAAGAACUUUACCUUUUUUAGGACAUCGCCAUGUUAAAGCUGGAUAAUGUUUUUAUUGAAUCAUGGACUCAGGGUUGAAACUAGAGUGUGAACUGCAUAUCGCUGCUGUCGGAACAAAACUUUGUAUCUCCGUUUUUGUCGUUUUUCAGUUUUUCACAUAAUUUGAAAAUGCCUGUUGGCCUUUACAUUGUGUGUACAUUUCAUGAUGAAUGAACCAAAAGAAAUGACCAAAAAUGACUUGGAAAAAACUCAGGUUCCAGUGACUUACAUUAAAGGUACAGUAUGUUUUUCCCUUCUCCUGUAAAGUAAAGUUACCAUUUUGGAGAUACAAGGUUUUAUCCGACAACAGUGAUAUGCACAGCCCAUUUCAUUCAUGUUUAGUUUUGAUUCACUGUCGUAGCAGGCUGGGAGCGGUGGUCUAACGGCUGUCAAUCAUGGGUGCUCAUCGGAAAACUAGGACUGUGCCCAGACAGUUCUCACAUAGGUCUGAUCAACAGUGUUUAAGCCAUUUUUUAUUGUAUUUCUGUUUUAUAUUUCUGUUUAUGUAUUUAUUUUAUUUAUUUAUUUAGGUUUGCUGGAUGUAUUACACGGCACUAAAUUUGAGUGUCAAACUUUUUAAACAUUUUACACUGUGUUCCCUGGGACUUUAAAUGUGGAUACAUACAGACAUGCAUUCACACGUAAUUGUCACCUUUUAUUUAAUAAACAUUAAAAUGUUCAAAAGCUUCGUUUUCUCAGUAUGUAAGCUUAUCACCUCUUUUCCAAGAUUAAAUGUAGCCUGUGAAUUAUUUUAUAUCAAUUAAGUUUCUUUCUUGCAGUACAUUUGGGUUACAGUGCUCCACUGUAGGUUUGUUUGUUUUUUUUUCCUUCUUUUUUUUUAUUCAGUAAACACAGCCGAUGUGUAUUUUGAGUCUGUAUGUAAUAAUUAAAAUGUCGUUUGUGCUGUUUUUGUUGUUAUAUGAUGUCUACACUGGCUGCCCAUUGAUUAGAGAUCCUUGCCUUGUACUUCCUCUCACUGGCUACUUUGAGCUCCACUUACCUAAUAGGUCCACUGUAUACGGACGAGUGACAAAUUAAAGGGAAAAAAAUAAUAAAGUGUCUUUGUGAGGUGUUGGGCCACAGCGAACCACCAGAAGCUAGGUGACUGUGAAGAUCACAGUAUAAGAUCUGCAUACUCAUCAAAGCAUUCAGUGACCCUUUGUGCCCUGAGGAUGGUGUCAUCCUUCUAGGAGUGCAAGGGGACCCAAUCCAUUCCAGCUAAAUGUCCAAUACAGUAUAACAGAGCCAACAGACCCACUCACUGUAGGGGUCAAGCAUUCAGGCCUGUUCCAUUUUCUUGGUGUAUGCUGCAUACUUGUGGAGAAUAUGGUGAAGGAUCAGUUCAUCUGACCAUAUCACUGUUUCCCACAUCUCGACAGACCUGUGUCUGUGGUUUCCGCACCACUGAACUCUCACAUGGCCAUUAGUCUUUGUAAGGAGAGGUUUAUGUGCUGCAGCCUGACUAUUUCUCUGUUUGGUGGAUGGACCCUUCUUACUGACACCAUCUGAUCACGAUCUCCAUUGACAUUCUCAGUCACAGGAGGAACAGUUCCUCCUACAUAUCGUGUGACUGCAGGAGCACUGCGCUCACUCAAUGUGUGCCACAAUUUCCAACCUGUUAACUGAUGACUUUCUCAUAGAUCAAAAUGCAAAGUCCCUUACUGAAGUUCCUAUUGAAAUGCUGGCCAGUUGAGCAGUCUUUGUGACUGAAGCACCUGCCAACCAUGCACCAAUAAUAAUCCCUCUUUUAAAAUCACUUCUUCCUCUUGCCAUCCUAACAUAAAAUGAAAGGUCAACUGGAUGUACUCAACAUUUCAUACAUGCCACAGAGCUUCAUAGGAUGUUAACUGAUUGUCAUGCAGAACAUCUGUCUGGAAGCAUCUGCACUCAUUUAUUAAGGUUUCUCCUUUAAUUUGUCACUCGUCUAUACGUGUACAGUUCAACUGUUGCCCAUUUGCAGCAGCACGCAUUAUAAGCCGCCUCUACCCCAUUCAUCAUUGAUCUGUUAUUCUGAUUUCUCCAGUUCACACCCACAGUGAUGCUGCCAAGCCAGUGAACAAAUGCUUAAUGACCCACCUUUUGAAAUUAAUCUGAUGCUACAUUUGAUUGAUUCCUGUCACUCAAGAACAAUGUAGUAUGAAUCUUACUCAUUCACUUCACCUGAUUUCCCACUUUGUUGAAAUUACAGUGUACAGAACAACUGUAUCCAGUGUUUUUCCCAACAUUGUGUUGCCUGUUUGCAGUAUGAAUGUUAAAAAGCAGGUGUAGGUGCUCAGAUGUUUUCAAAAUGUUUCCAUUUGAACAGGUUUUGUAAGAAAUUGGAGCGUUUUGAUCUCUUUAUUCCAUUAAAUUUAGUUUCAAAAUUAAAAAGAGGAACGAAAUAAACUUUGUCCAGUGUGAACAUACUGCCAGUAGAGGGCGCCACAAAGAAAGUUUAUAUUUUUCUUCACAAAUUUAAAAUAAAGUGCACAGUAAAGAACGUAUAUUGUAUUCUUUUUUUCUUUGACUGUUUUCAUUUUAUCUUUCUUCAACAUUAUAUAAACAUUUUGCGUGACUUCUUGAUCACUCUUUGGAGUUUUACCAGAACUUCCUGUGCUUUGAUACGUGGUGUAACGCUUCUGCUAAAACGAAAAGUAUAGCCUGCUUUCCUGCCCACAGUGAAGUCUCUGCCCUGCCUGUGUUGAAGUUUUUGGGCUCGUUUAGACCCUUCAGGGCACCAUGAGAGCUCUCCACCUUCUCAUUUGGAUUUUACUGGAGCAAACAAUGGCAUCUAGGGAAGUUCUGUAUGUUCAAGGCAUACAAGAAGAAUCGGUGGACAUCUCCUGUGAGCCACAGCAAGGAAAGGCUCCGCCAACUGGAUUCCAUCUGUACCGAAAAUCUGCUCAGCCUGGGGAAAAGGAUCUGUUGUUGUCCAUAUCUGAGCACCAAGACAUUAAGCCAGAGUUCAAGGGACGUGUCAAAAUCUCUAAACAACCAAGUUUGAGUGUAAUAAACGUCACUCUGUUGGACUUGAGGAGUAAAGAUACAGGCCUGUAUGUGUGCGAGUUCACAACGGCAGCAGAUCCAGAAAAGAUGCUCGUCCACACAGAAAUCGUCCUGCUUGUGAAAGUUAAAGAAGCAGGCUGCUCGUGUGUCGGCCACUCCUCGCUGAUCUACGCCAUCUCUGUUGCAGUGGGCCUCCUCCUCUUCACACUGUUAAGCCUUUCUGCUGCACGUUAUAGAAAACUCAAAGCUCACACUGAACCUAGAACCGCAGCUCCGAUUUACGAGGAAAUGACUGCAAACAAGCCUUUAAACCCCCGCCUGGCUCAGACGUACCUACCUGCCAACGAUCCAGUGUACGCUGCUCCUCAGAAAGCGGAACGACCCGAGUGUCACUAUGCAGUUCCUAGGAAGGCUGCAAACAUGCAGGAGAUUAGUCCAGCAUUAGCUGUUGAGAUAGAUCAGUGCAACUUGAUCCCUUUCUGACAGGCAGGGUGGGGUUUGUGGUCAGAGAUUAAGCCUAGAUGGACAUGGACGUACGGGACAUGGAGAAUCUCCAUUUAGAAUGCUUUGCAGUCCAGAACCAGGCUUCAUCUUUUUUUUGGAAACUGACCCUUAAUAUUCUCUCCUGCACAGUAUUAUCAGCAAUACUCCUGUUCAGUGACUGAUUAAACUAAUCAUUUUCCACUCCUCUUCCAAAUACUGUGCAUUUAACUGUUGUAAAGUAAGUGUAUGUGUUUACUGGUGCUGUCAGAACAAAACCUUGUAUGUCAGUUUUUGUCAUUUCUGUUUUUUUUUUUUUUAACUGUGUUUGGAAAUUGGAGCUGACAUUUUUUACAUUGUGUUGAAAUUUCAUGAUUGAGCAAUAGAAAAAUGUUGGUCCAUUAACAUCCAAAGAACUUUUUUGUUUGUUGUUUUUGUUUACACACAUACACAAUAUAUAUAUU